CCAUGAGUAGCAUCUGGUGAGUAUAUAGAGGAUUAACUGGGGAGCGAGUCCCUCCUAUAACUGAUAAGUAGGGGCCCUGCAGGGAGUUGCAGUUACAGGAUGUUUGUGGGAAUGACCUGUUGUUAAUCCAGAGGUAAAGUUACCCAGGUGUCGGCAAUGAGGACGGCCAUGUCAUGCGGAGGCGGGUUAGUCCAGCGCUUGGAUUUCUCCAGCAGUGACGAAGAGGAUGGUCUGAGCAAUGGGAUUAAUGAAGGUCCCCAGAAGGGGAGUCCCGUGAGUUCCUGGAGGACCAAUAACUGCCCCUUCCCCAUCACCCCCCAGAGGAACGAGAGGGAACUUUCUCCUACUCAAGAGCUGAGCCCAAGUAGCGACUACUCGCCCGACCCAAGUGUGGGGGCUGAAUGCCCUGGUACCCCCCUUCAUUACAGCACAUGGAAGAAGCUCAAGCUCUGUGACACCCCUUAUACCCCAAAGAGCCUUUUGUACAAAACGCUUCCCUCUCCGGGGUCCCGCGUUCACUGCAGGGGCCAAAGACUCCUUCGUUUUGUGGCUGGAACUGGGGCAGAACUGGACGACCCCUCUCUGGUCAAUAUCAACCCCUUCACCCCUGAAUCCUACCGACAAACCCACUUCCAACCCAAUGGGAAGAGGAAGGAGAGGCCUGAGGAUGACUGCAGAACUGAUCGCCAGAUGAAAUAUGCGGAGAAGGAACAUCCGGCAGUUUUCCAGUCUAAGAGAUUUGUGUUACGGGAGACCAACAUGGGGUCUCGCUACAAGACGGAAUUCCUGGAGAUAGAGAAGAUCGGCGCGGGGGAGUUUGGGUCGGUUUUCAAGUGCGUAAAGCGACUGGAUGGAUGUUUCUACGCCAUUAAACGCUCCAAGAAGCCGUUGGCUGGCUCCACAGAUGAGCAGCUGGCGUUGAGAGAAGUGUACGCUCACGCGGUUCUGGGUCACCACCCCCACGUCGUGCGUUAUUACUCCGCAUGGGCAGAGGAUGAUCACAUGAUCAUACAGAAUGAAUACUGCAAUGGUGGCAGCCUGCAGGACCUGAUCGUGGACAAUAACAAGGAGGGACAGUUUGUGCUGGAGCAGGAGCUGAAGGAGAUCCUUCUACAAGUGUCCAUGGGCCUGAAGUACAUCCACGGCUCUGGGCUGGUGCACAUGGACAUCAAGCCAAGCAACAUAUUUAUCUGCCGGAAGCAGACAGAGUUGGGUCAGGAAGAGAGCGAUGGUGAAGAUGACCUCUCCUCUGCCAGUGUCCUCUAUAAGAUUGGUGACCUUGGUCAUGUGACUUCUAUACUUAACCCCCAGGUGGAAGAAGGGGACAGUCGGUUCUUGGCCAACGAGAUACUGCAGGAGGAUUACAGCCAGCUGCCCAAGGCUGACAUCUUUGCGCUUGGUCUAACCAUUGCCCUGGCAGCAGGAGCUGCUCCUCUUCCCUGUAACGAAGACAGUUGGCACCAUAUCAGAAAGGGCAACUUGCCCCACGUUCCCCAGCUGCUGACUCCCGUCUUCCUUGCCCUGCUCAAGCUGUUGGUUCAUCCAGACCCGGUUAUGAGACCCCCGGCUGCAUCACUGGCCAAGAAUUCUGUGCUGAGACGUUGUGUUGGGAAGGCGGCCCAGCUCCAGAAACAGCUCAAUGUGGAGAAGUUCAAGACGGCCAUGCUUGAGAGGGAGUUGAAAGCCGCUAAAUUGGCCCAGACUUCUGGGAAGGACGAGUGUUCGGAUCUGCCCCCUAUGUCGGGUUUCUCGUGCCGCGGAAGAAAACGCCUCGUUGGUGCAAAAAACACUCGAUCGCUGAGCUUCACCUGCGGAGGGUAUUAACCCCAUCAAACCAAAUCGUUCUCCUUUUCCUCGCUGGGCACCAUCCUCCUCCUCUGCUUUACCUGGUUCUGCCUCCCACGGGCAUCUUGUAUUCCCUGCACCCUGCGGUCUACUUUAAUUUUCCAAGUGGGAGUCCAGAACCUCCGUUUUGGAAUUAUAACUGUUAAAUGUGGAUUCAGGAGCUGGGACUGCUAUAUGUAAUUUCCCUGGAAAGAAAUGUGGGGCCUGGACAAAAACUUUAUAAUUUAUUGACUUUUUUUUUUAUUAUCUUAUUGUCUUUUAAAUAAAAAUUUUAAUGUGUAA